UUUCUUUUGAUUCAAGGUUUGCCUUUUAGGGGACAUGACGAGUCAUCUACGUCUUUGAACAAAGGUAAUUUUCUUGAGUUAAUGGUAUGGUUGGAGGAAUGAUGAAGUUGGUAAAGUGAUUUUGAAAAAUGCCCCUGGAAAUAACCAAAUGACUUCUCCAUCAGUCCAAAAAGAUAUGGCUAAUGCUUGUGCGGUGGAAACCACACUUGAUAUAUUGGGAGAACUUGGAGACAGACACUUUUCAAUCCUAGUUGAUGAGUCACGUGAUUGCUCAACAAAGGAGCAAAUGGCAAUUGUCAUAAGAUUUGUGAACAAGGAUGGUCAGAUAAUUGAAAGGUUUUUAGCUUUGGUUCAUGUCAAAAAAACUACAUCAGUUUGUUUGAAAGAGGCAAUUGACUCCGUAUUUGCUAAGUUUAAGUUAUCUUUGUCAAGAUUGAGAGGCCAAGGAUACGAUGGAACAUCAAACAUGCGAGGUGAAUGCAAUGGAUUGAAAGCACUAAUUUUAAAGGAAAAUCCAUCUGCUUGGUAUGUCCAUUGUUUUGCCCACCAACUUCAAUUGGUAUGUGUGGCCGUGUGCAAGACAAAUCAAUAUGUUUGUGAUUUUUUCAGUUAUCUUAUCUCGAUUGUCACAACAUGUGGUUCUUCUUGCAAAAGGGCUGAUAUGAUUCGACAAAUUGAGCACGAUAGACUAGUUGAAAUGAUAGAGAAUGGGGAAAUCGGUACUGGUAGAGGCCAAAAUCAAGAAACUUCUUUGAAGAGACCAGGUGAUACUCGAUGGGGAUCUCAUUAUGUCACCGUAGAUUAG